AUGUCUCUCACCGGUCACUUACGAAUAUUAGAAAUUAGCUUGCAAGAAAGAUAUUCAAUUUUAGCAGACAGAGUGAAAAGUGUUUAUUCAAAAGCAAGUAUUCCUACAAUAGAAGUGAAUAGCACAAUCAUUAGGAUUAGAAGACUUAUGGAUAAAGUACAUACACUUGAAAAAUAUUCAGAUGCAAAAAGAACAUCAGACACGUUCACUGAGAAGUUGAAUUCUUUUAAGCAGUUAUUUGACAUUUGUACCUGCAAAUGCUUUGAUUCGGGAAUUAGAGAUAGGAACUUAUGCACGUGCCCACUGCCAAAUAAAAUUCCAUUGAUAGAGUGGGAUUUCUGGGUUGACCAGAAAACUGUUAGAAAUAUGAUAAUUGCUGCAGUUAGUGAUAGUGAUAUGGAAAUUCGUCGUUUUUCAGUAGAACAAAUAAUAAGAGCAAGAGAGAAGCAGAAGCAAGAGAGUAACAUACCGGUUCGCGUCUUUGAUAAGAAGGAUAUAACAUUAAAUCUGGCUGCUGAAAACAUUCUCUUAGCUGCAGUUAGUGAUAGUGAUAUGGAAAUUCGUCGUUUUUCAGUAGAACAAAUAAUAAGAGCAAGAGAGAAGCAGAAGCAAGAGAGUAACAUACCGGUUCGCGUCUUUGAUAAGAAGGAUAUAACAUUAAAUCUGGCUGCGACAUCGUUCAUUAACAUGAUUGACUGGGACCAGAGUAAUGUUACGUCUCCUCCGAUGCUAUCACACCUUUCAAAUGAUCAACUUACUUACACACAUCCAAUACUACUGCCCGAUGUUCCAUGUCAUUCACAGGCAGUAGAGAGAACAAUUAAAGACGUUAGCGCUGCCAGUUGUAAAGUUUAUGGGAGAAAGUCCCGUCAUGGCAUGGUGUUGCAGAGUAAGAAAUUCAGAUUAGAGAUACCAAAAAUAGACAGCAAGAAAGAUUUUAUUAACAGUUAG